CUGUGCAGUUUUUCAAGGUGACAGCUGACAGCUGUCAGUCAGCCAGCAGCUGUCCAUCCAAAUUAAAGUCAAGUCAGUGUAAUAAAAUAGUUUUGGAUGUGAAUUUAUACAGAAUUAAUUAAUUGGAUGUGAUUGCGAUGUUGACGCCAAAGUUAUAAAAAUUCUUCAAGCUUCAAAAUUCAUUAAAUUUAUAAAAUGUUAAGAAGUUUUUACUGAGAAAGGUAGCUACCAAAUUGUUACGAGUCAAGAAUUUAAACAGAUAAUUUAAUACAUAUUAUUAUCUAUGUGUUGCACAAUAAUUAAUAAUGAAGACCUUUCCGAUAAUAAUCGAUGGGAAAGACUAUGACAAUACUUCUUUCAUUAUAGGAUUAGCCCUUGCAAUAAGUUCUAGCUUAUUUAUAGGUUCAAGUUUUAUCAUAAAAAAGAUAGCUUUAAGAAAAAUUAAUGCAUCAGGUAAUGUCAGAGCUUCAGCUGGAGGAUAUGGGUACCUUAAGCAAUGGAUGUGGUGGUUAGGUUUAUUGACUAUGGGUGUUGGGGAGGCAGCAAAUCUAUUGGCAUAUGCAUUUGCUCCAGCAGCUCUAGUCACCCCAUUGGGUGCCUUAAGUAUUAUUGUGACGGCAAUUCUAUCAUCCAGAUUUCUCAAUGAAAAGCUUAAUGUGAUUGCAAAAAUCAGCUGCUUUCUGUGCAUUAUUGGAUCAGUGAUAUUUAUUUUACAUUCACCCAAAUCAGAAGAGGUAAAGACAUUCUCAGAACUAGCAGACAAACUUUGUGACUAUUUGUUCUUGAUUUAUGUAGCAACUAUAAUUGUGAUGAGUCUAUUUGUUAAGGUAAUAUUUGUUCCCAGAUUUGGUAAUUCUAAUGUUUUAGUAUAUUUAUUAAUGUGUUCAUCAGUUGGUAGUUUGACAGUGGUAUUUUGUAAAGCUGUUGCCUUAGGUAUAAAAGAAAGUAUUCAUGGCAAAUUAAAUGUUUUUUCCCAUUUUAUGUUUUGGGUGUUGUUAGCUGGGUCAAUUUUUUGCAUAAUGGUUCAAAUGAACUAUUUAAAUAAAUCUCUCGACAUAUUUAAUACAAGUGUUGUUACUCCUGUAUACUAUGUCAUGUUCACAGUGUUAGUAAUAAUUGCUUCUGGCAUUUUAUUCAGAGAGUGGCAUUACAUGUCACCUGCGGAUAUUGCUGGAUGCUGUUGUGGUUUUUUAGUUGUCACAACAGCUGUAUUUAUGCUCAACAUAUUCAAAGAUGUACCACUUUCAUUUAGGGAAAUAAAUAUGAACCCUAGGGUUAGAUGGAACUCAAAUGUUGAAGAAUUACCAACCAAUAACUAUAUGUUAAACCACUAAUAGAGAAAAAUAUGAAGUUAAU